AUGUUAGUCUCUCUAUUAAUAGGAAUACUUUGUUUAUUUCCUCCAUCAGGCGUCGCAACGGCCCUCGCGCCCGGAAAUGUCGCUCUACGAACUCGAAAUGCUCCCGGAACGACUGAUGGGGACACUAUCAGUACACUGGGGCGUGCUCUUCAUAAGGCAACGCUGCAGUCUCGCAAUAAUGUUUACUCAAUGAACAGAACUUCUCUCGCCAAAAGCUGGAACGGUGCCACUCUGUUUAUCUUCAGUGAAAGCACCGAGACUGCAGCAAUAGAAAUCACAUGCUCUACCUGUUACGUGAAUGGCUCGGUUAACGGUGACUUGAGCCUUACAGGGGGUUUCAACUUCACUGAAACCAUUGAUGAGAUUGGAGAUGAUAUCUUGAAUGUCACAGACACAGCGAUUCAUCAGCUGGAAGAUUAUGUCGAAACAGCCGCCAAAGAUAUCGCAGAAGAUAUUGCCACUCUCAAAAUUGAAGCUAUUCCAUCUUGGCCAACCCUCGAUCUAGACUUGAAUUUGGAUAACCUGACUGCUCUCCCAGGCGCUCAGAUCCACUUUGAGUUUGACAACUUGGAGUUGUAUCUAGAUCUUGACAUAAAACUAUCAGCAGGGGCCACCUAUACGCUCAACUUAUUUACGUCUGAAACUGCUGCUGGAUUCUCAGUCCCAGGACUUGAUGUAGGAGCAGUCAUUAGCGUGGACUUGAUCCUCAUCGCUGAUCCUGAGAUCGAUAUUGGAAGCGGCAUUCAUAUCAAACUUGAAGAUGGGCUUGGAUUUGACUUGGAGAUGUUCAGUUCGAACGUUUCGAGUAUUUCUGUCCCGGGUGGUAUUUACGAGUUUCUGCCGGUCACCAUUACCGGCGAAGGCUCUAUACAAGCCCUUCUAAGCCUGAAGGCGAGUCUGGGUGUAAAUAUACAAACCAAGAGCCUGGAUGCAUUUAGCUUCAGUGCAGGUGUCGAGGCGGAUAUUUUUACUUAUGUCGCUGAUUUUCUGUUACAAGUCAACGGUUCCACAGCGGCAGAUGAUAGUGACUGCGAGUUAGCUGCCGUUGCAGAAUAUACGAUGGCUGUCGGAGCAGCAGCUGGCGCGACAGUAGCAGUCGAUACCUACUCCUGGGGUCCAUCGCCAAAUACCACCGUGGCCGUCUGGUACACGACUUUGGCUAGCGUCUGCGCAACAUCCAAGACAUCAUCAGCUACAUCUGCUAUGAUCACCCCUCGAGCCGAGAUCGAGGCACGAGAAGAUGUCUCCACCACAACUAUGACAUCGAAAGAGUCAUAUACCAUCGUCAAUUGCCUCUCCUCGGGGCUAAUCAAUUGUCCCGUGAAUUUGCAAAACACCACCUCUUAUAAGCGGACCGUGACAUCGGACGUCACCGUUCAGUCGGGAUCUUCAGCGACGUUUCCUGUUAACACAUAUGCCUCUGUCACAAGCGUGAUUCCAUUUGGAACGAAUGUGCGGAGUCUGCUUGCCACAUCGGGAUCUCCCACAUCAUACAUUCCGACAUCCACAUCUAGCACAUCAGGAAACAGCAAAAGUGUUAUUGAUGGUACGACCGACGGAACUAGUAACAAGCUUAUCAUCGGGCUGAGUGUUGGCUUGGGAGUUCCAUUCCUCGCAGCAUUGGCCCUAGGACUUGGCUUAUAUUUCAUCAAGCGCAAGAAGUAUGCUCUUGUUGCUCCCCAAGCAGAGGCAAUCACCGAGUACUCUCCGUCUAUGUCUUACGAUUUUCCUAGCCCACCUGACACGCCUGGCAAUAUGAAAAAAAAGACUCGGGUAUUUACAACCGAGACUUAA